AUGAGCGAAAAUGCCGAAUUUUUAUCAAACUGGCGAACAACGCGCGGCGUUGGGUUGGCCGAUGAUGCCGAGGGAAUAGCCAAUAAGGCUAAAAGCGUAUUCAGCUCGUUCACAGAUAGAGUUCAAGACGGAUACACUUCGGUAUACAAUCAACUCCCAUUGCAUAAUCAGGACCUGGAGGCGCAGCAGGAGCCCUCGUGGUUCAAGCUGUCUCGGUUCGAAAGACUGGUGUGUUUUUUCUGCUUCAUUGCGGGAUCGAUAGUAUGUUUCACGCUUGGAAUAGUGCUAUUCCCGGUGUUGACGUUGAAACCUCGAAAGUUUGCAAUGUUAUGGACCUUGGGGUCUUUACUUUUUGUUCUGAGUUUCGGUUGUUUACAAGGACCAGUCGACUACUGCAAACAUCUCAUAUCUAAGGAAAGAUUGCCAUUUACAGUGGUGUUUUUUGGCAGUGUUCUGAGUACGCUAUACUGCGCAGCCAUAUUGAAAUCCACCAUCUUAACACUAAUCACAGGAAUCGUCGAGAUAUUUGCUGUUCUUUACUACACCUUGAGCUAUUUCCCAUUUGGAGCACAGGGAUUUCAAAUGGUUGCGUCCAUGGGUCUUCGGCAGUUCAGCAGUGUCUUUGGAUUUUAA